AUAUUGUGGAUGGAAGUGACCUGAAGCAAUUUUUUGAGAACAAUUAUUCUCAGAUUUAUUUUAUAUUCUAUGAAAACUUCGUAACACUGGAAAAUAGCUUGAAACAAAAAGGGAAUAAAUCACAAAGGGAGGAGCUGGACUCCAUUCUCUUGCUUUUUGAAAAAAUAUUGCAGCUACUACCUGAGAGGAUUUUUUAUCGAUGGCAUUUUCGCAGUAUAGGGUCAAUUCUGAAGAAACUUUUGCAUACUGGAAAUUCUCUCAAGAUAAGAUGUGAAGGAAUCCGGCUGUUUCUUCUCUGGCUUCAAGCGCUUCAGACUAACUGUGCGGAAGAGCAGAUAUUAAUAUUUGCAUGCCUUGUGCCUGGCUUUCCACCCAUUAUGUCCUCACGAGGUCCCUGUACACUAGACAGCCUCCUCAGUCCUCCUAAUUUGCCCGACGCAAAGAUUUUUCCGGAAGAGAUAACCCCACUUUUGCCAGCUGUCUCUGGAGAGAAAAUUGCUGAAGACCAAACCUGCUAUUUUCUUCAGCUACUGUUAAAAUAUAUGGUAAUUCAGGCUGCAAGCUUGGAAUGGAAGAAUAAGGAGAACCAAGACACUGGUUUUAAGUUUCUCUUUACCUUGUUUAGAAAAUACUAUCUUCCUCACUUGUUUCCAUCUUUUACAAAGCUAACCAACCUUUACAAACCUGUUCUUGAUAUUCCUGAUAUGAGACCAAGACCAGUAUACAUUACUGCAACACAAAACAAUGAAAAUGUCUAUAGUACAAAAAUUCCAUAUAUGGCAGCUCGAGUUGUUUUUAUUAAGUGGCUUGUUACCUUCUUUCUUGAAAAGAAAUAUUUAACUGCUGUUCAGAAUACAAAAAAUGGAGGAGAAAUGCUCCCUAAAAUUAUUCAGACUGCUGGUGCUGUAAACCAAGAUAAAAACACAGAGCUGGAGACCAGUCUGUCUUAUGCAAGUGAGCAGGAGAGAAGCCACUCUAACAGCAGCACCUUGUCUGACAGAAGGCUCAGCAAUUCCAGCCUCUGCAGCAUCGAAGAGCAGCACCGGACUGUCUAUGAGAUGGUGCAGAGAAUCCUCUUAUCCACUCGAGGAUAUGUUAACUUUGUUAAUGAAGUGUUUCGACAAGCUUUUUUAUUGCCACCUUCUGAUGUAUCUGCAACACGAAAAGUGGUUAAGGUAUAUCGAAAGUGGAUAUUGCAAGAGAAGCCUGUGUUCAUGGAGGAGCCAGACAAAAAGGAAGACAGCCAGGAUGCUGUUGUCAACUUAGAGGAUUCAUCAGUGGAAACAGAUGGUAAACAUCUUUCCUCUGACCAUUCAGGACACAAGCGCUCAUCCAGCUGGGGAAGAACGUACUCCUUUACCAGCGCCGUUAACAGAGGAUGUGUGUUAGAAGAUGAGGACAAAAAUGUUAAAGCUGGUGCUCAAGCUGCCUUACAGGUAUUCUUGACAAACUCUGCAAAUGUUUUCUUACUGGAACCGUGCAUUGAAGUCCCUGUGCUUCUGAAGGAGCAAGUUGAUGCUUGCAAAGCAGUUCUGAGUAUCUUUAGGCGCAUGAUAAUGGAACUAUCAAUGAAUAAGAAGACAUGGGAACAGAUGUUACAGAUACUCCUUAGAAUAACAGAAGCUGUGAUGCAAAAGCCGAAAGAAAACCAAAUAAAGGAUACAUUUGCUCAAAGCAUGUCGGGGUUACUUUUCCGAACCCUCAUUGUGGCUUGGAUCAGAGCAAACCUGAGUGUUUACAUUUCUCGGGAGCUGUGGGAUGAGCUGCUCAGCGUUCUCUCUGCCCUGACAGAUUGGGAGGAGCUCAUAAACGAGUGGGCCAAUAUCAUGGACUCUCUAACAGCAGUGCUAGCAAGAACUGUGUAUGGGGUAGAAAUGACAAACUUACCCUUGGAUAAGCUCAGUGAACAAAAAGAAAAAAAGCAGAGAGGAAAAGGUGGCAUUUUAGAACCUCAGAAGACGGCUGUAGUGGGAAGAUCUUUUUCAUUAAGCUGGAAAAGUCAUCCUGAAGUUGUGGAGCCAAUGAGAUUCAGAAGUGCUACGACCUCUGGAGCCCCAGGCGUUGAAAAAGCAAGAAAUAUUGUGCGUCAAAGAGCAACAGCUAAGCGAAGCCAGUCUAUCAGCAACUGUGUUCAUCUUUAUGAGGCUUUGCCAGCUACUAAAAGUGUACCUCUUCUGCUUCACACUGUGAGCUCUCUCUUACCUGGUAUCUCUUACACUUCUUGCUCUCACAGACUGUCAGAAGUUGAAGAAUCUCUACAGCUGGAAAAUCCAACAGGAACAGAAGCUACGGGCCUAUUUGCAGACCAAGAACAGCAGCUAACUCGAAGCAGCAGCACUUCAGAUAUUACAGAUCAGUUUCAAUCUGAUUUUGUUCAAGGUAAAAAGGCUGGAAGUUCUCAUAAUUUAACUUCUUCAGACUCCAAAUCAGUUCAGGAAAAUAAGGGAUGUACAAAGAAGGAACAUGAAGCUGAGCAAGUACUAGUACGAAGAAGCAGUAGUACAGCUGAAUUAGAUUUGAAAGCAGACUUGCAGCAAUCACUUGGAAAUUAUAGAGAGAGAGAAAAAAGUGAAAGCGUUAGCAGUGACACAUCCAUCGGCUAUAGUAAUGAAGUAGAAAUUGCACUUAUCCCCUGGCAAGCUUCUGAAGAAGACCAUGAAGUUAAUGCAUCAGUAGAUGUUUGUAUGGAUCCUGAUGCACCUCGCUGGCUUCAGCUUAGUCCUUCAGAUACUGCAAAUUUAACAGACAGUAGUGAAUUCCUUGCUGAUGACUGCAGUAUAAUUGCUGGUGGAAGCCUUAUUGGUUGGCAUCCUGACUCUGCUGCUGUGUUAUGGAGGAGAAUCUUGGGAAUUCUUGGAGAUGUGAACAAUAUACAGUCACCUAAAAUCCAUGCCAAAGUUUUUGGGUAUCUUUAUGAGCUGUGGUAUAAGCUUGCAAAGAUACGGGACAACCUUGCCAUAAGUGUGGACAACCAGUCUACUCCCUCUCCUCCAGUCUUAAUUCCCCCUCUCAGAAUAUUUGCAUCAUGGUUGUUCAAGGCAACCACCCUGCCGAAUGAAUAUAAGGAAGGCAAACUUCAGGCAUACAGGCUGCUCUGCGCUAUGAUGACUAGGCGUCAAGAUGUUCUCCCGAAUUCUGAUUUCCUGGUUCAUUUUUAUUUUGUGAUGCACCUUGGCUUAACAAGUGAAGACCAGGAUAUCAUAAAUACUGUCAUAAAGCACUGCCCACCUUGGUUUUUCUUCCUGGGCUUACCUGGCUUUACGAUUCUGAUAGGAGACUUCAUUACUGCGGCGGCCAGGGUUCUGAGCACAGACAUGCUGGAGGUUCCCCGUUCGGAAGCUCACACCAUCCUUGGUUCUCUUGUUUGCUUUCCAAAUAUCUACCAAGAAAUCCCCCUCUUGCGGCCCAUUUCAGAAGCUGGUGAUAUCAUUGCGGGAACAGCAGAUGUGAAGUGCUACCUCAUAAAUAUUUUAUUGAAGAAUGCUACAGAGGAGCCAAGUGAAGCUGCAAGAUGCAUAGCCAUUUGCGGCCUUGGAGUGUGGAUAUGUGAAGAACUAACACAGUGCACAAACCAUCCCCAAGUGAAGGAAGCAAUCAAUGUCAUAGGCGUGACACUGAAGUUUUCUAAUAAACUGGUAGCUCAAGUAGCCUGUGAUGUUCUUCAGCUGCUGGUUUCUUAUUGGCAAAAGCUUCAGAAGUAUGAAUCCUCUCUGUCCAGAAAAAUUACUGAAAUCCUUGUGGCCACUAUUGCAUUUCUUUUGCCAAGUGCUGAAUACUCCUCUGUGGAAGCAGAUAAAAAGUUUAUAGUUUCAUUGCUGCUUUGCUUGUUGGAUUGGUGUAUGGCAUUACCCAUGAAAAUGUUGCUGGAGCCGGUGUUUGCUGGUGUUCUUGAAGAUCAACAUGCAUCUAAAGCUCCUUUACUGGACUAUAUUUACAGAGUUCUGCACUGCUGUGUGAAUGGCUCCAGCACGUACACUCAGCAAAGCCAUUACGUGCUGAGUCUGGCGGAUCUCUCGUCCAGUGAUUACGACCCAUUUUUACCGCUGGGGAACGUCAAGAGCUCUGAGCCAGCCCAGUGCCACUCUUCCACGGAUUUGGGCAACCUGCUCACUGUCGCCGAGGAAAAAAGGAGGAGGAACUUAGAAUUGAUACCUUUAACAGCGCGGAUGGUUAUGACUCACCUGGUGAAUCACCUGAGCCACUACCCGCUCAGCGGAGGCCCUGCCAUUCUCCACAGUCUCCUUAGUGAGAACCAUGACAACUCCUACGUGGACUCCUCCGAGCUGUCCUCAGAAGUCUUCCGGAGUCCCAACCUGCAGCUCUUCGUGUUUAAUGACAGUACUCUUAUAUCUUACCUCCAAAUCCCCGCAGAGAAAAGGACAGACACUGAACCAGCAGCAGCCCCCUCGGACGUCAGGGUGAUUGUCAGAGAUAUCUCAGGGAAGUACUCUUGGGACGGCAGAAUAUUGUAUGGACCUUUGGAGGGCUGCCUUCCACAGCAGAGCGCAACAAACACGUUCGUGAUCUCGGGCAACCCUGAGCAUCACUUCAUUUCCCAGAAAGACCUUUCUCAGGUAGAAGAAGGAGAAGACGCUCUAGACCAAUUACUGGAGAAGAUUGGUAACACCAGUCCGGAAUGCCUUUUACAUCCUCAGCGAAAGCUGAAUGAGCCAGCGCCGCCACCCUUUGGUAUGAGCUACGACCAAGAGAAUGCGAUCACUGAAGCCCUGAUGAGGCAGAGCACCCAGGAGAAGGAGUAUAUACUUAAAUGCAGCUCAGACUUGAGUAUGAAGGUGGCCCGUCAAGAAGAACCACCUCAAGCGUCCUUUUAUUUCUGUCGGCUGUUGCUAAAUGACUUGGGAAUGAACUCCUGGGACAGAAGAAAAAGCUUUCAUCUUCUUAAGAAAAAUUCAAAAUUACUGCGAGAACUGAAAAAUCUGGAUUCCCGCCAAUGCCGCGAAACUCACAAGAUUGCAGUGUUUUACAUUGCAGAAGGACAGGAGGACAAAUGUUCAAUACUGUCCAAUGCAAGGGGAAGCCAGGCGUAUGAAGAUUUUGUUGCUGGACUGGGCUGGGAGGUUGAUCUUUCAACACACGGUGGGUUUAUGGGCGGCCUGCAGCGCAAUGGCAGCACAGGACAAACGGCACCCUAUUAUGCUACCUCUACCGUGGAAAUAAUUUUUCAUGUAUCUACAAGAAUGCCAUCAGAUUCAGACGAUUCACUGACCAAAAAGCUUCGUCACUUGGGAAAUGAUGAGGUUCACAUCGUCUGGUCUGAACACACCAGGAACUACCGCAGAGGCAUUAUACCAACAGAUUUUGGAGAUGUUUUAAUUGUUAUUUAUCCAAUGAAGAAUCACAUGUUUUUCAUAGAGAUAAUGAAGAAACCGGAGGUGCCAUUUUUCGGUCCUCUCUUCGAUGGAGCAAUCGUGACUGCAAAGCUGCUGCCAAGCCUCAUAUGUGCCACGUGCAUCAAUGCCAGCAGAGCCGUCAAGUCGCUCAUCCCGCUCUACCAGAACUUGUAUCCUUUCCUCCCACUGGGGCAAGGCUCCCUUGUAGGGUUCUUACUUUGA